AACUUUGGCAUAGGUCACUUGUUUCUCUGAAUACUGGAUCCAAAAAGCACAAUGAACACAAGAAUGUGCUAUGGUACCAGGGUGAAUUCCAGACAAGCACGAGAAUUCUGUACACCUGGGGAAGGAGGCACAACUCCUGAGGUGAUCUUGGAAGUGGAACUGAUAGAACUUGGGGAAAGUGAUGAAAUAAUUGACCUCACUUGUGACUCUCUAGAACCUGCAGUGAUUGACCUAACUCACCAUGACUCUGUUGUGAUUACUGAAGAAAGGAGGAGGCCAAGGUCACUCCAAGGCCAAACUGGCAGCUGUGUGGUGAGCAGUGAUAAGGAGGGGUUGAUGAGGGACAGAGAUGUAUCUGUGACCAACAGUGCCUACCAUAAUGCCCUGGAAGAAGAAACUUUAAGUGGCACACUACCUGGUUAUAUCUGGUGUCGAAUUUGUAGGGAUGGGUACUUAGAGAUUGAACUGAGUAAACGACAUAUCUACUCUACACAAUGUGGCCACAUCUUCUGUAGUCAGUGCCUCUGCACUUCCCUUAAAUAUACUAGAAAUUGCCCAGUUUGUUUGAAAAAAAUCAGCUGCCAUCUGUACCACCGCAUCUAUAUAUGAUGUGUGCUGUGUUGCUCAGGACAGACAACCUAGCUAGAUUCUUCCAUGUCCUUGUGCAGAAACUAUGGGUUGUUGGCAUUCAGUGCACCGAGUUAAAAAUGCCUGAUUUAAA